AUGAGAGAUGGACCAGCUAAAAAUGGAAUAAAAGCAAAAGCUAUGAGAGUUUUACAGCAGAAGAAAAGGUAUGAACAACAAUUAGACAAUCUUCGACAACAGUCCUUUAACAUGGAACAAACAAAUUAUGCUACUCAAACAUUAAAAGACACUCAAGUGACAAUUGCUGCUAUGAAAACUGGUAUGAAAGAAAUGAAAAAAGAAUUCAAAAAAAUUAACAUUGAAGAAAUAGAGGAUGUUCAAGAUGAUUUAGCAGAUUUAUUAGAACAAUCGGAAGAAGUGCAAGAUGUAUUAGGUAGAUCUUAUGGUGUACCAGAUAUAGAUGAAGAUGAACUUGAAGCAGAAUUAAAUGCUCUGGGUGAUGAAAUAGCUCUCGAUGAUGACACAUCAUACUUAGAUGAUGCUGCAAAAGCACCUAAUGUGCCUGGAAAAGAACCAGGAGCUGAAAGUUUUAGGAAUAAGGUAAUAAAAUAUUGUUAUUCGGUGUUGCUUUGA